AUGAAGAUCCCCAUAGUCGCAGCUUUCUUCCUCCUAACGGCCCUGCCGGCCCUGGCCGGUAACCCAAGCAUCACCUCGUACGGCAUCGCGGCUCGCAACGUCGGGGAUGCCCGCCCGCGCGGGCUCGACAGGCGAAAGCUGCUGGCACGCAGGCGCGGGGUGGCGCAGCUCGCGCGGAGACAGGAAGAGGAUGGUGGGUCGGGCGCUGACGACGGAGCAGGUGGAGGAGCAGGAGAUGCUGCUGGCGACGGGGGUGGUGAUUUUGGUGGAGAAGGAAAAGGCGGCAAGGGGAAGGGUGGUAAAGGCAAAGGUGGGGACGGAAAGAGCGGCGGCUUUGGUGGCAAAGGAAAAGGCUGGAAAGGGAAUGGUGAUGGCGAAGGAGGCGGCGGUUUUGGUGGGAGAGGAAAAGGUGGGAAGGGCAAAGGUGGAGGUGGGUUUGGCGGAGACGAUAGUGGUAGCGGUGGUGGCUCUACAGGCAGUUCUUCGUCCUCGCCCGGCACCUCUGCUGAUACUUAUACUGAUACCUCGUCCGAGUGA